AUGGCUUGUUCGACGGAUCAACAUUCAAAUGCUCGGUUUCUCGACCUCAAUGAAGAGCCACACCAAGUUCUGUUGCCGAUUCGUGGCUAUGCCAAGGAGCCAUUGUUGCCACUCGAAGAUGCAAUUGAGCCAAUUAAUGAACUGCUCAGUGAUCUUGAUAUGAUGGUGGAUACGGCCAAACGCAACUCGAAAAAGCCGGCAGAUGGACUAAGUCCCAACGAAUCAGCUGCCAUUCACCUUUACACAAUGCAAUGGGAAGAGCCAAAUGUAAGUCUUUUUACUAUGCUCAAUAAGAUACUGCGCUCUAAACGACGAGAACCGCUCAGACCAUGGUUUCGUUAUCUGAAGUUAGUUCUCACUGCAUUAUUCAAACUCCCGUCAUUGAAAGCGACAAUCUGGAGGGGAGUUCAGGGCAAUUUAAGUGAUCAAUAUGAUGAUGAUCAAGUUUGGUGGGGAUUUAGCUCAUGCACAGAAAGUUUGAAUGUGACAGAGCAAUUCGUUGGCAAGUCAGGUGUGCGAACGUUAUUCACCAUUGAAUGUAUUAACGGCAAAGCUAUUCGAGCCCAUUCACAUUACAAAGAAGAAAGUGAAAUUCUUCUAUUGCCUGGUACUUACUUUCGUGUUGUGGGUAAAUCAAAUCCAGCUAAGGAUUUAUACAUAAUUCAUUUGCGUGAAACACCUGCACCACGUCAAUACCUUGAACCACCUUUUACAUCAACAUCAUCGGACUCAUUCGUUACUACAGGACCAGCAACAUCAACACCAACACCAACACCAAUAAAGAAACCAAUUUCAAAUGUAGAAACUUUGCCAAGUUCUGCUGCUGCUGCUGCUACUGCUACUGCUGCAUCACCCAUCCAGACAAAGAAAUAUCAAGAAUUCGCCCCACCCGGCUCGAAGAAAGAAUUGCUUUAG